AGAAAGAAAGAAAGAAAGAAAGAGCGCGCGUGUGGUGUAUCCUCAGUGGUUUUCUCUCUUGCGUGUUUCAUUGAGUUACUCAAUUUGAGUGUAAACAGAGUCUUGUCUCUGUGUAUUUAAGUGUUAAGACGAUGCGGGACACUACAGUGUGUGACAGUAAACAGAGCUUACAGGAGGAUCAAACCUCCACAGAGUCUCUGGAUUCUGUCUGUAACGCUGGAGAACAGCAGCAGAUCCUGCAGACCAAACUGAAGAUGUGUUCAGUUAAACUCAUCGACUGCACGAACUUCAUGAUGAAGAUUAAAACUGAACCAACAGAAAUGAAAACUGAACCCACAGAAAUGAAAACUGAACCCACAGAAAUGAAAACUGAACCCAGAGAAGAUCGCACUGAGGAAGAUGAUGAUUUUAUUCCAUCAGAUGUGAAGAGUGAUUCAUGUUUGGAUAUAGAAAUAGCGUCCUCAACAUCAAAAGAGCGACUGACAGCACAAACUCUUUCCUGCAUCACCUGUGGAAAGACAUUCAGCUCACAGAGACUUUUAGAGAGACAUGAGAGAAAACACACAGAACAGAAACUCUUCACCAGAUCUGAGAUCAGCUUUACUACCUUACAAGAGAAGAAACUUCAUUCAGAAGACCACAAAGAGAAGAAGAAGCAGUUUCACUGUGAGCAGUGUGGGACGAUUUGUGUCUGUUCUUCUGAUCUAAAUGUUCACAUGAGGACACACAGUGGUGAAAAGCCUUUCUACUGCACUGAAUGUGGAAAUUCCUUCAAAACCAAACAAUAUCUUAAAAUUCAUCAGAGAAUUCAUACAGGAGAAAAACCUUACGAGUGUCCUCACUGUGAGAAGAGAUUUAGCUGUAAAUAUAAUCUGAAGAGACAUGUGCUUUUACACACCAAUGAGAGACCGUAUCAGUGCAGUGAAUGUGACAAAACCUUUAGGGAUUCAGGUUCAUUAAAAAAACACGAGAAUACUCACUUUAAAGAGAAACUCUAUCAGUGUUCACACUGUGGUAAACGUUUCUGUCAUAAAUAUCAGCUGAUAGUCCAUCAGAGAGUUCACACUGGAGAGAAACCUUACGCCUGCUCGCACUGUGGAAAGAGCUUCACUAGUUCAUCUAAAUUCAGAGUUCAUCAAAGAGUUCAUACUGGAGAGAAACCUUAUCACUGUAGUGUCUGUGGGAAGAGUUUUAGUCAACAAACUACUUUACUAAAUCACAAGAGAAUUCAUACAGGUGAAAAACCUUUCAAAUGCUCUCAGUGUCACAUGACAUUUUCUUAUUCAGGUCAAUUCAAAGUCCAUCAGAGAAUUCACACUGGAGAGAAACCUUACGCCUGCUCUCACUGUCGAAAGAGCUUCAGUAGUUCAUCUAAAUUCAGAGUUCAUCAAAGAGUUCAUACUGGAGAGAAACCUCAUCACUGUAAUGUUUGUGGGAAGAGUUUUAGUCAACAAACUACAUUACUAUGUCACAAGAGACUUCAUACAGGUGAAAAACCUUACAAAUGCUCUCAGUGUGACAAGACGUUUGCUCAGUCAAGUUCCUUAAAAUACCAUGAGAGAGUUCACACUGGAGAGAAACCUUAUAACUGUAGUGUCUGUGGGAAGAGUUUUAGUCAACAGUCAAACGUACUAAAGCACCAAAGAGUUCAUACAGGUGAUAAACCUUUCAAAUGUUCUCAGUGUAACAAGAUGUUUGCUUAUUCAGGUCAGUUACAAGCCCAUCAGAGAGUUCAUACUGGAGAGAAACCUUAUCACUGUAGUGUCUGUGGGAAGAGUUUUAGUCAACGGUCUUCAUUACUAAAGCACAAGAGGAUUCAUAAAUGCAAUCCACCGUGCCAUUUGCCGUUGCCAGUUAUAGGUCUCAUCACUGUAGUGUCUAUAGGUCAAACAAGAAGCCAUAUCUAAACAUGACUCAAAAGUGCAUGCGUUUUCUCUGGGCCUAGGCUUAUUUAAAAUGGACUUUGGCAAAGUGGAAAACUGUUCUGUGGUCAGACGAAUCAAAAUUUGAAGUUCUUUUUGGAAAACUGGGACGCAAUUUCGUCUGGACUAAAGAGGACAAGGACAUCCCAAGUUGUUAUUAGUGCUCAUUUAAGAAACCUGCAUCUCUGAUGGUUUGGGGCUGCAUGAGUGUGUGAGGCAUGGGCAGCUUACACAUCUGGAAAGGCACCAUCAAUGCUGAAAGGUUUAUCCAAGUUGUAGAGCAACAUAUGCUCCCAUUCAGACGUCGUCUCUUUAGGGAAAACAUUGCAUUUUCCAACAUGACAAUGCCAGACCACAUACUGCAACUAUUACAACAUCAAGACUGCGUAGAAGAAGGAUCUGAAUACUGAAAUGGCCAGCCUGCAGUCCAGAUCUUUCACCCACAGAAAACAUUUGGCGCAUCAUAAAAAGGCGCAUCAUAAAGAGGAAGAUGCGACAAAGAAGAUCUCAGACAGUUCAGCAACUAGAAGCCUAUUUUAGACAAGAAUGGGACAACAUUUCUAUUCCUAAACAUUGGUCCUCCUCCAGCUGUUCCUUAUAUGUACAUUUAACUUUCCGGCCUCUUAUUGCUACCUGUCCCAACUUUUUUUGGAAUGUGUAUCUCUCAUGAAAUCCAAAAUGAGACAAUAUUUGGCAUGACAUUUCAAAAUGUCUCACUUUCAACAUUUUAUAUGUUAUCUUUAUUCUAUUGUGAAUAAAAUAUAAGUUUAUGAGAUUUGUAAAUUAUUCCAUUCCUUUUUUACUCCCAAUUUCUACAGUAUCCCAACUUUUUCUGAUUUAGGGUUGUACAACAACGCCCUCACUUGUAUGAUGUCACCGCAGUAGGCAGCGCAAAUAUAACGACAUGCCUAUAAUCCCUCCCACUCAGAAGUAAUACUAACUCGAUGGAAAAGCUAACCAAGCCGAAGUGAAGUGACCUGACCCGACCUGACUCGAAAAUCAGUGCGGCUCUGAAGGCCUGGUAGAGUAAUAAUUUGAAUGAAAAAUCAUUUGUUUUGUGUACAGUCGUGGCUUGACAGUCGAGGCGAGCUUGCUCAGGAAUGGCAGCAGGCAGGUGUGAGCGCAUCUGCACGCACAGUGAGGCAAAGACUUUUGGAAGAUGGCCUGGUGUCAAGAAGGGCAGCAAAGAAGCCACUUCUCUCCAAAAAAAAAACAUCAGGGACAGCUUAAUCAUCUGCAGAAAGUAUAGUGAAUAGACUGCUGAGGACUGGGGCAAAGUCAUAUUCUCUGAUGAAGCCCCCUUCCGUUUGUUUGGGGCAUCUGGAAGGUGAGCACUACCAUCAGUCCUGUGUCAUGCCAACAGUAAAGCAUCCUGAGACUAUUCAUGUGUGGGGUUGCUUCUCAUCCAAGGGAGUAGGCUCACUCACAAUUCUGCCCAAAAACACAGCCAUGAAUAAAGAAUGGUACCAAAACACCCUCCAACAGCAACUUCUUCCAACAAUCCAACAACCGUUUGGUGAAGAACAAUGCAUUUUCCAGCACUAUGGAGCACCGUGCCAUAAGGCAAAAGUGAUAACCAAGUGGCUCUGGGACCAGAACGUUGAAAUUUGGGUCCAUGGUCUGGAAACUCCCCAGAUCUUAGGGUGUUUUCACAUAUACACUGCAUCGUUUAUCUCCACAUCUUGAUAGCUGCGCUCUCCCUGUCAGGCUGGUUGUCGUGGAAACGACCAAUGACAGCGCUGACCGUUGUCACAUGGUGUACGGUGCGGCAUUUCGAGUAAAGUAAAAAAUAUAUAUAUGUGAACACGUACUGCACUAACUGAAAAAUGAUACAAUGUAUUUUGGUGCGCUCCGAGGCAAGGUUAUUAUAGUUUUGCAUUUUUCAUUAGUUUUUAUUUUUAUUUCGUUUUGACUUUUUGUUUUCAAAUUCAGUUUAGUUUUAAUUAGUUUUUGAAGUGGGUUUGCUAGUUUAGUUUAGUUUUUAUUUUUUGAAAAUGCUUAGUUUUAGUUUAGUUUUUAUUAGUUUUAGUGUUAGUUUUAGUCUUUUUCAUAAUUUGGGUUAUUUGUCAGGGGCAAGAUUCAAAAAGGUCAGAAAAAGAAUUGUGUAAUAAUAACUCAACAAAAACAUCAUAUUAAUUAAACAUCAAUUUUAGAAAAUAUUAAUUCAAAAAUAAAACCAGUACAUAAAAUGUACAUAUGGGCACAAAUAUGUAAACAGUCUCAAGUUCAACAUUCCACAGUAAGUGCAAAAUGUGAUGUGUGCCAGUAAAAAACUUAAAGAGCCAACAGACUAAAGAAGACAUACAUGAACCGCAUGUAUUCAACCCAUUUUUGAGCCACAACAAGACAUUUCUGUCAGAUUGUCAGAGAGCUCAGUCUGAGACAAUACCAUGACAAAUAACCACAGGUGAAAAGAAGUAAUCUAAAGAAAUAAAUACUCAAGUAGUGAGUUAGUAGUUACUCUUGAGAAAAAAAUACACACAUACAUGCACACACAGUAUACAGUGCACACCAUAAGUAUCAGGACAGUAAAGACAAAAGUUUGCUGUGGAGACCAGAAAUUGGUAAGAUGAAUAUCAGUGUGUCAGAAGUACAGAAGUCACAUUUUAUCAACCUUUGAUUAUGUUUCAACACAUACAUGGUUUAACAACAAAGAAAAACAGCCUUUAAUGCUGACUUGUAUGUUGUACCCAAACGCAAAACUCAAAAGAAAUUGAUCAAACUGAUACUACACACGUGUGAACAAUUAAUGCAUUAGGACACAGUUCACUUGACAGUUAAUAGUCUCAACGUGGCCACAUUAGAUAGUAUUAAAAUGCAAACGUGUUGUGUUAUUGAGUUGGAAUAGUGUGCAGGUUAAAACAGGUGACAUUUCUGUACUUUUGUCUGUUUAUCUUUUAAUGUUUAGACAUUUCUUGACUCCACAGCAAACUGAGGAUUUUUGCCUGUAUUGUCUGAAAACUUAAUGUUGAUGUAUACAGCUUAUAGCUGAAAUAUCAGACAAGUAAACCUACAGUGUUUUGCAUUCAGUUAUGCAUAUUAAAGUUAACUCAGAGAAUCUCCUAAGAUGGUCAUCAACAGUUUACACUUACAUGAAAUACAAACUGAUUUUAGAAAAUAACUCAUGUUUUCUUAUGUUGUGAAUCUCAUGUCACGUGUGUGUGUUGUGAGAAGCACUAACAGUACAGUAGACAGCGAAUCAGACGUCAAUCAUCGAUGGACUUUCUUCAUUCAGUCACGUGUUCACAGUGCUUCUGGAGGUUGCGCGCGUUUAAAUGUUUCUGACGACGAACAGGUCGCACGUAUAUAAUGGCGGGUAGCUUUUAGCUUUUAGUUAAAAGAUUAGUAAAUUCAUAUUCACGUAAUACAACACUCUUUAUGUUCUGCGUGUUUCUAGACACAAGCAAAACCGCAUCAGACGAUUCAGUUGUUGCAGCGAUCUAAACAAUUCAUUUAAACUGAUUCGCGAACCAAUUCAAAACGUUUAGCCCGUUUGCUCAACUUAAACGAGUCAUUAAUUCGCGAAUGUGUGUGUGUGACGCGUGAGUGAGAAAGGAAUUUGAAUGGAAAGGAAUUUGAAGCUGAACGUGUAAUUUGCUCUAUAAAAGACAAAGACGAAAACUAAGGACAUUUAAUCUAUAUUUUUAUUUUAGUUAGUUUUGCCAGACACACAUUACAGUUUUUUUGUAAUGCCUCGUUUUUAUUUUUAUUUCAGUUAACGACAAUGUUUUUUCCCACCUUCGUUCGUUUUCGUUAACGAUUAUGACCUUGCUCCGAGGCCGCACCACGGUGCGCACCAACAUAUGUGAAAACACCCUUAAUCCCAUUGAGAACUUGUGGUCAAUCCUCAAGAGGCGGGUGGACAAACAAAAACCCACUAAUUCUGACAAACUCCAAGAAGUGAUUAUGAAAGAAUGGGUUGCUAUCUGUCAGGAUUUGGCCCAGAAGUUGAUUGAGAGCAUGCCCAGUCGAAUUGCAGAGGUCCUGAAAAAGAACGGCCAACACUGCAAAUACUAGCUCUUUGCAUAAUGUCAUGUAAUUGUCCAUAAAAGCCUUGAAACAAAGACAUAAAAGCAGUUUAGCAGCAAACUUUGUGAAAACUAAUAUUAAUGUAGAUCUCAAAACUUUUGGCCACAACACUACAUUUCCAACACGGCUAGCUGAGUAUGCUUUGAAAGCUGUCCAUGAGCCGGACACGGAAAAAAGUAUACCCGGCCCUUAAGUCUGCUCUCCCUGUGGAGUAAGCUUCUCUAAUCCAUUUCAAUUCAGAGAUCAUCAGAGAGUUCAUACUGGAGAGAAACCAUAACACAGUAGUGUCUGUGGGAAGAGUUAAUCAACAGUCAAACUUUGUAUACCACCAGUGACCUUAAUAAGGUUAUGACACAAAAAAUAGCUUUAAAUAUAGCUGCAAGCAGCGAUUACUGGGGUUCAAGCCAUUUAGAUCACAAGACGUUUAAGGACAUAUAGAUAUUCUGCAUGGUAUAUUGUACACACACGUUUACCUGAGAAAGGAGAAACAAGACUGUUAAAGAACAAGACUUAAUUUUGACAUAACAUUACAAUUUCAUUGCAAUAAUUCUAUAAACAAUUAUUAAAAACUUUAUAAGACACAUGACAUGUUUAUGUCAUGGAAAAUAGAUUAGAAUACUAAAACUACGAUAACCAAAUACAUAUUCUCUUUAUGUAUGAUUAUUAGUUAUUAUUUCUAAUGUUGGCCUGUUCUUUAAGGAUCCACAUAUUUACAGCAUCUUUACAUCUUUUUCAUAUUUUUUCGCAUGAUACUUA